UUAAUUGUUUCGUCACUAUGUCAUGUGACUUCAUCAAUUAUUGAAUUUUAUUUUAUUUGUUCACAAGCUCCAACGGGUAUAUCAAAAACGGCAUUAUUGAGUGUUGAAUUAUGUGUUUUAACUGGUGCAUUGAAAUAUUUUAUUCGACAAUUAGAAAUGCCAAUUAUGACAUUUCAAUUACAUGAUUCAUUUAUGUCUGCAAUGA